GCAGACUGUUGCUGUCAACGGGACAACUCGGGCAAUGGCGUUUUAAAUAGAGGACUUUGCCGCAUGGAGCUGUGUUGUUUUGUCAUGUUCACGCAUGCACCGCUUAUCUUAGAGGAUGACUGUUUUACUCAGUCGAUGCCGGGUGAGGUUUACGGACCUGUUUUCUGAGAGGAGGUCCGCGGUGGUUUCGGAUGCGCAGUGCGCUGACUGGGUCUGCUGCAGUGUAAACAAGAUUGUCCGGGGCUGCAGCGCUGCUGUCUGCGGGGUGAAAAGAGAUUCAUGCAACGCCGAUGACAGCUGACUUCUCAGCUUAAACGAGUGCAGCUUCACAAUGUACCAUCGAUGGGUUUUUUCAGUGCGCAUCGACUUCGGUUCCUUUUCCGCAGGGGAGAAACUGGCCUGAGCGCUCUUUAAGGAUUUUCUCGUUUUUUAAUCAAACAGAACAUCUGUCCGUCAACACAUCUGUCACUUCUGAUUAAUCGGAUGGACUUUACUGCCGAAGAAGUGUCAGCUCCUUCUUGAACCCCUCAGGGGAAAAAAUGACUGACAACCAGGAAACCCCAGACGCUGAGGACACGACUCCGUCCGGGAGCGCGACCUUGCCGCUCCGGCCGCCGUGCGACCGCCUCCCCUGCCACAAGAGCAGCGUGUGCUCCCGCUCCUACUUCGUGGUGGUGAUGGUGUUUUUCCACGUUUACAUCAUUAAUGUCAUAGCGCUGCUGUUUUACGUGCACUACAGCAGCGGGCAGGAGGACGCGAGCCGGAGUCGUGAUGCUCCCAGCGGUAACCACCAGCGCCCCGAGUCGCGACGUCCGCCAUCGAAACCAGAGUUUCUGCGCGAUGUUUCCCUCACGAGAAUCGAGGGAAUAAGGGUGGGACACGUCCAGAGGGUGUCACUGGUGCCGGGCAAAGUGCACGAAAUGCGGACUCUGAGUCUGAAACCUCUGCUGUUUGAGAUCCCUGGGUUUCUGUCAGAGGACGAGUGCCGCGUCGUGAUGCAGCUGGCACAGCUGAAGGGUCUAAUGGAAAGUCAGUUAAUGGUGCAGGAUGGUCAGGAAGAGCUGGCUAAGGAGCUCAACCUCAGCCCAGAGGAGAUCUUCAACCUGCUGGAUAUCAACCAGGAUGGACAGCUGCAGCUCCACGAGAUACUGACUCAUUCUAGAGUCAGGGACGGCAUUUGGCUCACACCAGAGAACUUAAGAGAAAUCUAUGCUGGGCUUAAAGCUGACAAGGAUGGUAACGAUUUGCUGAGUCUGGAAGAGUUCAGGCUUCUGAGCAAUGAUGCCUUCCAGCGCUUCCUGCUGCAGCGAGGGGUGAAAAGGAGUCAGCUGGUGAGGAACAGCAGACACACCUGGCUCUACCAGGGCAAAGGAGCACACCAGGUCCUCCAAGACAUCAAGGCAAGGGUGACCCGCCUCACCCGCCUCCCACCCACAUUAGUGGACCUGAGUGAGCCGCUCCAGGUGGUUCGCUAUGAGGAGGGAGGGCACUACCACGCCCACCACGACAGCGGCCCGGUCUAUCCCGAAACAGCCUGCACGCACACACGCCUUGCGGCUAACACCUCCACCCCUUUUGAGACGUCUUGCAGGUACAUCACAGUUCUCUUCUACCUGAACUCUGUUGAGGGGGGCGGGGAGACCGCAUUCCCUGUGGCAGACAACAGGACCUAUGAUGAAGUGUCUCUCAUACAGAACGACGUGGAUCUUUUGGACACCAGAAGGAAUUGUGACAAGAGUAACCUGAGAGUGAAGCCCACCAAAGGGACGGCGGUUUUCUGGUACAACUACCUUUCUGAUGGGAGAGGUUGGGUGGGAGAGCAGGAUGAAUACGCUCUGCAUGGAGGCUGUGUGGUCACCCACGGCACUAAGUGGGUCGCCAAUAAAUGGAUCAACAUCGAUCCGGAUUACCAGCGACAGGCUCGCUACCAGCAGCUGGUGUCACAGCAGCCAGAGGAGGAGGACGACGAGGGUCUGACUCUGAACCCUGACAUACAGAGUCCUGACAUCCAUCAAGACUUGUAGCUCACAAACCAAAUUUAUAAAAAGAAAGAAAAAUCUACCUAGCCUUCCUCAGUCCUGUGCACAAUGUUUUUGGUAACAUCCUCUGUGACCAGUUUGUAGAGACAAGAUUUAUUCAGGGAAUGAGGUCACAGUGGGUUUAUGCAACUGUAAAGAGAUGCUUUUGGUAAAAUGUUGCUUGGAUAUUGUUAUCCUGUUAUUUUUUAAUCGACUAUAGUUUCCCAUUUUAGGAAUGUUGCACUAGAAACUCGUAAAAAAUGAGUUGAGACAAAAAAAACCCAUUCCUUUGCAUGUGUUAGCUUCACAGGUUUUGCUGUUGCUAUGAGCACAAAUUGCACUUGAAAAUUGAAAUGGCUACUGUUGACAUUUCAUGUCCUACCUUGUUAUUGCUGCCAUUACCAAAAAAGGCUCACACACUCUCAGUGUGAUGCAUGUUGCCUUGUCUUUGUUCCUUGAAUUCAUCACUAUUUUCUGCCAAAUUCUUCUAAAUUAAAAUGCACAAUUGUUUGGAUGUUUCACUGUAUUAAUUUAUUUUUUCCUUAAAAAUGCACUGUAACACUCUCCCACACUGAAUAAAGAUAAAUUAAGCUCA